CAGUUUUCAGUCUGCACUCCGCGUUGUUUGGACAAUUCCGAACAUUUUUCCUUCGAGAGGACUGGUUAGUGCUGCGUCAGGCGGAGGUGUUUGUUUUCGGGGUUGGAUUUUACUCUGCUACCUCUUCAAUAGAAUUUCACCAAAAAAAUGGCUGAUCCUGAGUUGGAAGCUAUCCGGCAACGUAGAAUGCAAGAGCUAAUGGGGCAACGUGACCUUGGAAAUGAACAGAACUCAGAGCAGCAGAAAGCACAGGAAGAGGCCAAAAGGGAAGCGGAAGAACAGAGGCAAAUGAUGCUUAGUCAGAUUUUAUCCGCUGAUGCACGAGAGAGGCUUGCUCGGAUUGCUUUGGUGAAACCCGAGAAGGCACGUGGGGUCGAGGAUGUUAUUUUGAGAUCUGCUCAAAUGGGUCAGAUAGUUGAGAAGGUGUCUGAAGAGAAGCUUAUAUCAUUGCUGGAGCAGAUUAACAGCCAGACGUCUAAACAAACCAAAGUAACGAUCCAGAGGCGUCGAAGUGUUCUUGAGGAUGAUGAUUAGCUCCCAAGUGGCCAAGCGUAUAUUGAUACUCAGUACUAAAUAUCGGAUACCUGUACCAGACAUUUUCAGGUAGUUUGCUCCAUGUGAUGGAGAGGGCCUUCGCAUGCCCAGACUUGUUUCUUCUCUGCAGGCAGAAAGUUUGAUUCUUCUUUUUUGCUUAUGUAUCUAAACACUGUAUAAUUGGUAUAGUUGAGAUGUCUUGCAGGUGCAGUUAUGAAUGAUAACAUAGUAAUGUAAUUAUCCCGGACAUGAAUGGCCUGUGUGUCGAUCCACCAACAAAUUUAAAACUGGCAAAAAGUUCUCUUGUUGAGUAA